GUGGUUAGUCAAGUGGUUGACAAAAACAUAACCUAUAUGCGAAGAACUGUUUCUGUGAUUUAAGUGUUAUAAUUUGUGUCUCAAAAUGUCACUCAAACGAAAAUUAACGCAGGAUGAUCUACGUAAAGCGAUGAGUGAACACAAAAGGAAAUUAGGCGUUGUCAAGAAAAUUGAAUCGCCACUGGCAAAAUAUACAGAUGCAGGACAGUUAAUGUGUAUUUUAUGUAAAGCUGUUGUGAGAAGCGAAACAGUUUGGCCAGUUCACUUAAAUUCAAAGAGUCACAAGGAAAACGUAGAAUUAGCAAAAAAAACCAAAUUAGAAGCAACAACGAAGACUGCAAGACACACAUUUAAAAGGCCUACAUCUCCUUCCCAAGAGUCUCCAGCAAAUAAAAAAAUAAGAGGGAUAUUGAAGAAUCCUCUUUCGCAGUCAACGCAAGUGGCAUCAAGUUUACCAGCAGACUUUUUUGAUAAUUCUAAGCAAUCCAAUGGUUCAUUACCAACAAAUGCAUCAGUAACAGUGUGUGUGCAUAAGUCAGAGAGUAAAGAUCUUACAAAUAAUAAGGACAUAACCACAGAAACAGAAGAAGAGAAGAAAAUAGAUAAAAACAAGAAUGCAAAUCAAACUGUUCUACCAGAAGGAUUCUUUGAUGAUCCAGUUUUAGAUGCCAAAGUUCGUAAUGUUGAGUACAAAAAUCCAAUAGAAGAAGAAUGGGAGAAGUUCCAGAAAGAAAUUAAAGAAGAAACAGCACAAUCUGCACAGAUUAUUGCAGAUGAUCAGGAAGAAGCUACUACAGAAAGGCAAUUGGAUGAAAUAGAAGAACAGAUACGACAUUGGUCUAGAGUAAUGGAUCUUGUGAAACGCAAGGAACAAGUACAAGCUACAGAUAGGAAACAAAAGAACACUGACGAGGAUAUCUCGAGCGACGAUGAGGCAGACUUUGACGAGUUUCUUGAUUGGAGAGCUAAAAAUUCCUACAAAUAGACCUAGACCAUAAGGUGUACAGUAUUUAUAGAUUGUAAAUAUUUAAAAAUCGUACAUUUAAGACAAUUUUACACUUAGUGUAUUGUUAUAAGGAUUCGAACCGAAUAUUGUUUGUAAUAAAUGACGAAACAAGGAAA